AUGCCAAAAGUAGUGUCUCGCAGCAUUGUGUGUUCCGACACGAGAGAUCAGGAAGAAUAUUCUGGGGAUAAGCCAUUGUUGACAUAUUACUGCUUGUGUGGCCAGAUGACCUUAAUCAUUGAUUGUUCAAUUGAAAACCUGCCCCUGCGGAAGCGGGACGGUGCUCGAGUAAUUGACGGCUCCAAGCACGCACAUAAAAUAACCUCCGAUCCUGAUGAAACCGUUUUCUUGAAGAGGGAAGAAGGCGUUGAAAAACAGCAUCGACAGAAGUGUAAAAGGUGUGGUCUGCUUUUAUACUACAUGCACAACGUAGUUGGGAAUGUUAUUUUCGUCGUUCGUGGUGCACUAACCACAACUGGAGAAGGUCCCAUGAGUAAUAUCUACAACCAAGUUCCAGCCGUGGAGCGCAAACCUUUAAUGGUCACAAAACAUACAAAAAAUAUGGGCAAGUUUAGUUCCGUUACGGUUUCCACAAUUGAAGAUGAGGAAGACGAAAUUGAAGAGCGAGAAGUUGCAGAUUCGUAUGCCAACAAUGCUAGAAUUAUUGAAAAACAAUUGGAGAGAAAGGGAAUGAGCAAGAGGAAGUUGAUCGACCAAGCCCAACAGGAAAUGGAUGCCAAGAAGAGUCGUGUCAGAGGGACGUUGAUUGAUAAGUAGUUAGUUUUGUGGUAUGAUGUAUUUCAUAUUUUAUUUUAAAUACGUUCGUUAGUUCUUUGAUUUGUUAAUAAAAUAAUCACGCAUUGCUUCAA